UCGCCCUACUUGUACCUACUUAGGUCGGUGCCAAAGGUCGGAGUACACUCGCUUAUCGUUUCAUUCUCCGGAGAUGCUCAGUUCCAGGAUUCUUUCGGGCUUAACACGGAUUCGCCCAACAUUGACAAGCAUCCGGACAAUGGCAGCAGCAGCAGAGGGUUACUCGUUUGAAACCCUCGCGGUUUCUUCACCUCGAGAAAAUGUUUACCUGGUUCAGCUCAACCGACCAGAUAAAUUAAAUGCGAUGAAUGAGACCAUGUGGAAAGAUAUUGGACAGUGUUUCAACAAGCUUGGGGAAGACACGGACUGUAGAGCUAUAGUUCUGAGUGGAAAUGGACGGCUCUUCACCUCAGGCCUUGACCUAAGUGACAUGUCAGGAAUAGUAUCUUUAGUGAUGGGAGAUGACGAUGUUGCUCGAAAGUGUCGUUCUCUGCAUCACCUGAUCAAGGAAUUCCAGGAUGCAUUUUCAUCACUAGAAACGUGUCCAAAACCAGUAAUUGCUGCUGUACAUAAUGCUUGUGUUGGUGGUGGGGUGGACCUUAUCUGCUCAGCUGAUAUUCGCUACUGUACAUCUGACUCCUGGUUCCAAGUUAAGGAGGUUGAACUCGGCCUGGCAGCAGAUGUUGGAACACUGCAGCGCCUUCCAAAGAUCAUUGGCAACCAGAGUCUUGUCCGGGAAUUGGCAUUUUCUGCAAGGAAGAUGUUCUCGGGAGAGGCAUUGCAAAGUGGUCUUGUUUCUAGGGUCUUCUCUGAUAAGCAAAGUGCACUAAGUGGGGCCCUUGAUAUGGCAACAACAAUUGCCAGCAUGUCUCCAGUCGCUGUCCAGAACACGAAAACAACGUUGAUCCACGCUCGUGACCACACCGUCCAAGAGGGUUUGGACUAUGUGGCUAUGCUAAACAUGGUGAUGCUGCAGAGUGAAGACCUUCGCAUAGCUGCAAUGGCAAUGAUGAACAAACAAAAGAAGCCAACAUUUGCCAAACUUUAGAAAACUUUGAUAUUUUCUAGGUAAAAGUUGAGAGUAAAAACUAACUAAUAUUUUAUGUGGUAAAGAAAUGAUCAUAGUGAUAAAAGCAUUAAAAUUGAUAAUAAUUGUGUCAGAAAUAAAACCGUUUUUGGUAACAAAGUAUUUAUGAAGUAAUCUUUGUAUAAUCAAAAUUGACAAAACAAAGCUACAGUAGAUAUGCCAUGUACCUGGCACUAGAGGGUCAGUGGAAGUAACAAGAAUUUUGUGUACUGAUGACAUGCUCAUAUGUUCAUUGUAGUCUUAUAAUCUAUGUAAUGUCCUGGAAGAGGCUCUGUUUCAAGGAGAUUAUAAUAUUACAUGGCGUUGGUGCUCAGCUUGGCACGAACUCAAGUGCACUAAUUAUAAAGUGCUAUUCUAAACAAUGCAAGUUUGUGUAAGGUUUGUUUGUACAUAUAUAAAGAGAGUUUCUAUCAGAUUUGUGUGUACUUGUUUUUCAUUAUAGAGGUGAUACAAUAAAGAUAUAAUUUCUA